AUAACUAACGACCGCUGGCCGCCUGCGACACGCAGCAAAGACUACACAAUCGGCGCAUAUUUAUGCCUUUACUCUAUACCAACUACGAGGAUCAGUACCGCCAAACACUGUCACGUGCGCUUCGACAUGGCACCCGCUGGUUGUAUCCCUGGUAGACGACCAAGAGUCCUCUACCUGGACGCCUACGAUUCUUUCUCGAAUAACAUUGUCGCUCAAAUCGAACAGUGUCUUGAUGCUGAAGUCAUCAAGUGCCCUAUCGAUGCUAUCGAAACUGUAUCCCAAGAUUGCGUUUCUCCGGAAUUCUUACGCUAUCUGAAAGCCUUUGACGGUGUGGUUGCUGGUCCGGGUCCUGGUUGGGCAAAAUGUGAAAAAGAUGUUGGAUUGAUGGGAGAACUGUGGAGGCUCCAAGAUGAGGAUCUGCUUCCGGUUCUCGGUGUCUGUCUCGGCUUCCAAUCCAUGUGUCUCGCGUUCGGCGCAGAUAUCCAACGACUCAACGAGCCUCGACAUGGACUUGUCGCCGACAUCUUGCACAAUCAAGAGUCCAUUUUUCAAGGGGUGCAGCAACUGUCUACGACUCAAUACCACUCGUUGCAGGUUUUAAUCGAGCAUCGCAUGCAAACAAAAAAAGCGGUCCGAUACCCGGCCGAACUAUGGGAAUCCACCGAGGCGUGCCCGCAAAUAAAGCCGUUGGCUUGGGACUUUGACAGUAAACGCAACGGUGCAGUCUUGAUGGCAGCUAAACAUAUCAACAAGCCAUUUUGGGGAGUGCAGUUUCAUCCCGAAUCUAUAUGUACCAAUGAGGAAGGGACGCGACUUGUUCAAAAUUGGUGGAGGGAAGCGCAAGUUUGGAAGAGGGAGCGAGCCGCCAACCAAACGGUGAAUGUAUCUCCACGAAAACUACAUGUGGCUGCCUUACCUACGAAAUCUGGAGCUGGUGCUACUGCCAAUAUCUACCACCAGAAUGUUGGCCUUUCUCCCGACGAAAUGGUCUCACUUAUAGAGAACGGUGAUGGGGAAUCGAUACCAGGCUUACCGCCUACCACCGUUCAUUGCCAAACUAUUGGGAGCGGACGGUUGACUAUUUCAGACAUUGUCGAGCAUUUCGGCAUUUCACGUAACGAGUCUAUAGUUUUGGAGUCGGGUCUACAUGAUCUCAGACCGAUGCAUCCUGACACAGGCCGAUACAGCAUCAUCGGCUUGGUUAUCCCAAAAGAAACCUUGAAAAUACAUUACUACUCUGGAUCGCGUACGAUGCAAGUCUUGGACGGAUGCGGAGAAGUAUAUCGCGAGUGGCAGACGACAGAUUUCUGGCAAUGGAUAAAGGAAUUCAUGACUUCAUUGCGCCUGAAGCUUCAGCAUCGUCCCAAUUCACCCACCUGGGCUCCCUUCUGGGGAGGUUUGAUGGGGUAUGCAUCUUACGAGGCUGGACUGCAAACAAUAGGCGUGGAAUCCGGACCGGACGCAGCAUACCCAGACGCUUGCUUCGCCUAUGUCACCCGUAGUAUCGUAGUAGAUCAUCAGCUGAAGAAGGCAUACGUACAGAGUAUUCGAGGUGAGGAUGACCAUGAAUGGGUAGGCGAAACAUGGGAUCAGAUAUACGAAGCUAGCGCCAGGAAGAGUCUUGAAUCGACACCAAGCUCAACGCCUGUGCCAAAACCGAACCCGUUUGAGAGAGACGACACACUCAACACGUACAUUUCUAGCUGUGAAGAGUUUGUGGUGGACCAGAAAGAAUAUUUGGGCAAAGUCGCCUCUUGUCAAGAAGUCAUCGCAGAUGGCCAAAGCUACGAACUGUGCCUCACAGCAACGAACCAAAUCCGGGCCCGGAAACCUCGCAUAUGUAGACUCUCUACAGCAGAAGAUAAUGGUCUUUCGUGGAAUCUAUACAAACGCUUGACACUGCAGAAUCCUGCCCCGUUUUCAGCAUUCAUGCGCAUGGACAACGUCCACAUCCUAAGUUCGUCCCCUGAACGAUUCAUCAGCUGGGAUCGGUCUCAGAGCGCACAAUGUCGACCCAUCAAAGGCACCGUCGCCAAAAAGCCCGACAUUACCACUGAAAUCGCCCAUAACAUUCUGUCUUCUUCCAAAGAACGCGCCGAAAACCUCAUGAUCGUCGAUCUGGUCCGCCACCAACUCCACGGCGUCUACGGCUCUGGCAACGUCCACGUCCCCAAACUCAUGCAGGUCGAGGAAUACGAAACUCUCUGGCAGCUCGUCUCAGUCAUCGAUGCCAUCCCCCCCUCUGUUCAAAAACCCCAGACUCCAGACGAAUGGCAAGAGCCGACCGAUUACAUCGCCGCCUCCAAAACUCCCCAACAACCCACCGAAUACCUCGGCUACGACGCAUUCGUGCAGUCCCUCCCACCAGGAAGCAUGACGGGCGCGCCCAAAAAACGUUCCUGCGAACUCCUCGCCACACAAGAACAACGCCCCCAGCAGCAACACCAGCGUCGCGGCAUCUACUCCGGCGUCCUCGGCUACCUCGACAUCGGCGGCGCCGGCGACUUCUCAGUCAUCAUCCGCACCGCCGUCAAAAUCGACCCCACGCCCUCUCCCUCAUCCGCUUCCUCACUAGAAGACACCUGGCUCAUCGGCGCCGGCGGCGCCAUAACUGCCCAAAGCGACCCGUCCGCCGAGUACGACGAAAUGCUCACCAAAUUCCAGAGCACCGCGCAAGCCUUCUCGCCAUGUGCCGAGAUCGCGGCACAGCGCGGGACCAAGCGCGCAGGGGCCGACGACGACGACGAAGACGAUCCCGUGAAAAGGUUCAACCGGCUUGUUGCCGAGACGCUGAGGGAUGGAGAUGCGGAUGGGCGGGCCGGUGUGGAGAGGGAGGGCGCGAGCGAGGAUGAGAGGAGGAGGGCUGAUGAGCUGCUUGAGGAGAGUGGCUCGUUGCUUGUUAUGCUUGAUCGCUUGCAGAGGCAGCUAAGGGCUGUUGAGGAGAAUAGGGCGGCGGCUUUGGGAAGAACGUAGGAUCGGAUUUUCUUUUCUUUUUCUCUACUUUGUUGGGAAUUUUUGGCGUUCAAGGCAGUGUCUACUUUUUGUUCUUCUUUUCCC